UACUCACUAGGCAUGGCUUCCCAGCCUCAUGGGGGAAAAACAGUUUUAGACGUCCAGACCUGGGAGCAGACAUUUCAAGAGCUGAUGCAGCAGGAGAAACCCCGGGCCAGAUGGACCCUGAAGCUGGAUGAGAAACUGGAGCCGGACUGCCUUGCAGAAGGCUGGAAGCAGUACCAGCAGAAAGGAUUUGGCAGCCUUCUUCCUUCUGUCUGCAGGUUCCAGUGUUCCUCAUGCCAGCGAAAUUGGGCUUCCGCGCAAGUGCAUAUCCUCUGUCACAUGCACCUGGAGCCCCAGAAGUCCCAGGGCCAGGUGAUUAUGCGGCUCUUUGCUCAGAGGUGCCAGAAGUGUUCCUGGUCUCGAUUUGAGAAUCCUGAGUUCUCCCCAGAGAGUGCCAUGCGAAUUCUGAAAAACGUGGUACGGCGUAUUCUGGAGAAAUUCUACGGGAACGGCUUUAGGAAGUUUCCGGAGCUACCAAUCGUCCGGGAGGUGCCUUUGGAUGGGUCCCAUGACACAAAAAAUUGUGAAGCAUGCACCCUGGGCUGCUGUUUAUGGAGGUCACGAAGCAACGUGACAGAGCCAUCAAUAUCCCCAUCCUCCUUUAUGGAUAUUAGGAGUUCCUCUUGUCACAUUGGUGACGUGUCUGGCCAAAACCAGGAGUGUGGGUCUAACUAUAUCUUGAAGGAGUCAGGGUCCAGCCAUACCACUGCUGAGACCCAAGCUCCUGGAGCAGGGCCUCAGCCCAAAGGGGAGACUAGUAGACCGCCCACCCCAAUGGCAGAUAGGCAGGCCACACAGGAAAAUUCACAACCCACACAGGAGACAGCACCACAGACACCCUGGAGGACAUACUCUGAGGUUUUAAGGAUGGCCCGCCAACAGUCUACGCAGCAGUCAUUCUCACAAGCCACAUGGACCAUGCCAAGGAUAAUCUCGAGGUCUACAAUAGGGUCAUACCCUCAGACUAGAGGAAGAACAGCCCCCUCUACACUAGGGUCACACCUACAGCUUACACGGAGGACAGCUAGGGGCCUCGUGAUCCUCAGUAGAACUCAAGCUACCUGGAGACGUUCAUCCAGAUACUCCGUUCCAAACACCCAUCACAUAUACCCUCAUUCAGUGCAACGAGAUGUAUUCUUUGACCUGGAUAUAUUUUUCUACUUCUGGAUCUGUAUUAUUUUGUUCUUUGUCUUUGUAGGCAAAUAUUCAGAAGCAGAAAAAGGGAAAUAAGUUUAUCUUCUUUUCUUCUGUCUUAAUUCCAUGGUAAUCAAUGAACUGGUUACCAUUUAUUUUUAUUUUUUAAAGAUUUUAUUUUAUUUGACAGAGAGAGAGAGACAGCGAGAGAGGCAACACAAGCAGGGGGAGUGGGAGAGGGAGAAGCAGGCCUCCCGCAGGGCAGGGAGCCCAAUACGGGGCUCGAUCCCAGGACCCUGGGAUCAUGACCUGAGCCGAAGGCAGACACUUAAUGACUGAGCCACCCAGGCACCCCAAGAACUGGUUACCAUUUUAAUAUGACACAGAAUAUGCUUUGAGAUCAAGUAGGGUCACGUUUGAAAGAAUAAACACCAGAUCUAGUUUCCUAGAUCUCCUUAGCAGAUAGUCUAAAACAUAACCUAGAAGAAAAUGGACCAAUAAUAAAUAUUUGUUGAAUCACUAAAAGCUCUUCAUGCAUUCAUCCACUCAUUCAUUUCUCUCUCUCUCUUUAUGUAUAUCUUGACAUAUCUUCACAAGAACUGAGGGUCCUGAGUGUUAACAGAGAGUUAUUGUGGUAGGCAGAAUAAUGGCCCCCCAAAGAUAUCCAUUCCCUCUUUCCCAGAACCUGUGCAUAUGUUAAUUUACAUGGAAAAAGGACUUUACAGAUGUGAUCAAUUUAAGGAUCUUGAGAUGAGGACCUUAUCCUACAUUAUCAGGAUGGACCCAAUGUAAUCACAAUGGUCCUCAUAGGAGGGAGACAAGAGUGUCAAAGUGGGGAAAAAGGAAAUUUAAUGGUGACAGCAGAGCUUGGAAUGAUGGGCUUGGAAGAUGGAAGAAGUGGCCAUGAGCCAAGGAAUGCAGACACGUCCUAGAAGCUCAUAAAAACAAAGAAACAGAUUUCCCCUCAGAGCCUCCAGGAGGAACCAGCUCUGCUGACACAUGACCUCAGCCCAGUGAGACUGAUUUUCGACUUUGGACCCCCAGACCUGUAAGAUAAUAAAUUUGUGUUGU